AUGGCACCCGCACCUGUUGAAAGCCUUCCUCUUCGUACAACACCCAUUUCCCAGCUCAAGCACGACGCGGGCACCAACAAGGAGAACAUCAUUGGAUACAAGUCAGCCUAUGUCCAUGAAAACGAAAUUAAGGGAACGGGCAAGCAGCCUCCUGCAUCGUUCGUUAACUACCUCCCCGUCUGGGAUAAUGAGACGGAGAGAUACGCUCCUCUUGAACCCUUCGAGCACUAUGACCACGGCAAAGACGCGGACCCGUCCUUGCGUGACCUCUUCCCUGAAGGCAAGGCACAGCUCGAUGAUAUCACCCCCGAGAUCGGUAGCGAAGUGCAUGGCGUACAGCUGAGCCAGCUCACCAAGGAGGCCAAGGACCAGUUGGCUCUCUAUGUUGCUCAGCGCAAGAUUGUCGCCUUCCGCGACCAAGACUUCGCCCACCUCCCCAUCAACGAAGCCCUCGACUUUGGCGGCUACUUCGGCCGCCACCACAUCCACCAAACCUCCGGCGCCCCCAAAGGCUUCCCCGAAAUCCACCUCGUCUUCCGCGGUGCCGACGACCGCAACCGCUCCCAGUUCCUCGAAACCCGCACCAACACCGUCACCUGGCACUCCGACGUGACCUUUGAGAAGCAGCCCCCCGGCACAACCUUCCUGUACAUCCUGGACGGACCCACGAGUGGUGGUGACACGCUGUUUGCAAAUAUGGCACUCGCGUAUCGGCGGUUGUCGCCAGAGUUCCAGAAGAGGUUGCAUGGGCUGAAGGCUGUGCAUUCGGGGAUUGAGCAGGUGAAUGCUAGUCUGUCGAGGGGGGGAAUUGCGAGGAGGGAUCCGAUUACGAGCGAGCAUCCGAUUGUGCGGACGCAUCCGGUUACAGGGGAGAAGGCGCUUUAUGUUAAUCCUCAAUUCACUCGCUACAUCGUCGGCUACAAGAAAGAAGAGUCCGACUUCCUCCUCAAGUUCCUCUACGACCACAUCGCUCUUUCGCAGGACUUGCAGUGCCGCGUCCGCUGGAGGCCCGGAACCGUGGUCGUCUGGGAUAACCGUGUUACUGCUCACUCUGCCUUGUUCGACUGGGAAGAUGGUCAGAGACGCCAUAUUGCCAGAAUUACGCCGCAGGCUGAGGCACCGUACGAGACGCCUUUUGAGCAGUAG